AUGUUCGCUCGUAUCUUCGCUGUUGCCUCCCUCGUCGCCUUCGCUCUCGCCGAUGGCCAGUGCAACACUGGCAACAUCCAGUGCUGUGACAGUUAUACUUCUGUUCAGAACUACAACAACGAGUUUAGCAAGACUCCGGGUUUCAUCCCCAUUGUUGCUGAUGCUGCCUCCAUGAUUGGCAGCAACUGCAGCCCGCUCACCAUCGUGGGUACCGGAUCUGGCUGCGAGGCUAACCAGGAGCCUCUGUGCUGCAGCAACAAUGAAUACAACGGCCUUGUGAACGUUGGUUGCACUCCCAUCAACGUCGGCCUUUAG